AUUUCUGAACUGUAAUGUAAAUACUGUUGCAGAAAUUGCAUCAAACAAAUGAGAUUCUGACUUCUUUUUUUUAUCUCUUUCCUAGAUCCAGUAAUACGCUUUUUCUCCUCCUAGAAAUUGCUAAAUUUUCUCUUUAUUUGAACACCCUUUUGUUGCGGGAGGCGUCGCCGUGGGCAGGCAUGGGCUGCCGGGAUGUUCACGCGGCGACGGUGCUGGCCUUCCUCAGCGGAACAGCCUCGGUGGCCGGGCUCCUCGCGGCCGUCCUSCUCCCCAACUGGCGGCAAAUGCGCCUGUACACGUUCAACAAGAACGAGAGGAACGUGACRGUUUACACCGGCCUCUGGAUCAAGUGCGCUCGCUUCGACGGCAGCAGGGACUGCGUCAUCUACGACCCGCAGUGGUACACGGCGGUCGACCAGCUGGACCUGCGCGUGCUGCAGUUCGCGCUGCCGCUCAGCAUGGCCACCGCCGUCUCCGCGCUCUUCCUCUGCCUCAUCGGCAUGUGCAACACGGCGUUCGUGUCGAGCGUGCCCAACGUCAAACUGGCCAGAUGCCUCGUGAACAGCGCGGGCUGCCACCUCGUGGCUGGCCUCCUGUUCCUGCUCGCGUGCGCCAUUUGUCUCACGCCGUCCGUCUGGGUCAUCUUUUAUAACAGCUACCUGAACAGGAAGUAUGAGCCUGUCUUUAGCUUUGACGUCUCUGUGUUCAUUGCCAUUGCCAGCGCGGGCGGCCUGUUUUUCACUUCCGUUAUGCUCUUUCUGUGGUAUUGUGCGUGUAAGAGCUCCCCGUCCGCCUUCUGGCAGCCGCUCUACCCGCACGCCCCCAGCAUGCACAGCUACGCCGCCCAGCCCUACUCCGCGCGCUCCCGCCUCUCCGCCAUAGAGAUCGACAUUCCCGUCGUGACACACGCCUCUUAAGAAGGGCUUGUGCUCCUCAAAUGGUGAAAAUCGCAGCCUUGGUUCUCUCUACUGCUUUGCACUCUGUUGCCCUUCUCUAAGGGCCAAUCCCUGAAGGUWCAAAGCAGUGGAGAACCGAGUUGGAGCUCUUUGCUUUUUUCAUACGUUGCUUCCCGAGCAACAUAUUGUUUCCUUGAACUCACUACAGRCAAAGCUGCAGCUAGUGCUGUGACAGUGCACUAGCUAUAGUCUCCUUUCAUGCAAGCUGUUUUGCAUGUCUGUUUUUCUGUUUGUUGAGGUCCAAGUGGAUUUGAACCUCUUUACUACUUUGAUAAGCUGUUGCUGGAGCCCAGUCGCAUUAUGGGAAGUGCAAACAUAAACCCUUGGACCUGUGGGUUACCCGAAUCCUGUGGAGCUGGGUGUAGGGGCUUACUAAGUUUCUUGUUACAGAUGAGAAAAUAAACUAGUCUAGUGUGAAGGGUGUGAUCCUUUAGCUAGAGCAGAAAGGAGAGUAGGAAAUGGUUUACAAAGUCUUUAUUGAGACGUGCAUUUUAAAAUGUGAUGUUUAUAAAGGGUAUUUGGCUGAUUAAUUCUUUUCUGUAGCAGUGUUCCUUGUUUUGCACUGUACACAUAAAAAGCCACCUGGCUGACAAAAUUUUGCAGUAGAAUGUGUCAAAUUACCCUUUAAUUUCAAAGUAGCAAUCAAACUUAGAAAUGAAAUGGAUUUAACUAAUCAGCUCUUCUAUACCGUAAUUAGCUUUUUCUGAAUCAUUGGAGGCUGGAAACUUCUUCCAUGAUUUUUUUUUCUAGGUGUAUUUUUCUAAUAAGUUGCCAAGUACAAUAGAUAUAUUUUGUGAUUAAAAAAAGAAAGAAGAUUACAUGUAUUUAAAAUUCUUGUUUAAAAGCUUGACUAYUUUAUUUGAAGGCCAUCUUCAAGUACAGCAUUUCUAAUUUUUAAAAAUUAAAAAUCUUUUAAAGCUCUGGAGAGAGAUUCCCCAGAGGUUCUGGAGAGAGAUGCAUUCAGACUGCAAAAUGGAUGAGGAAAACCGUGAAGAUUUCUCAAGACUGUGAAACAAUGUUUUGCAAGCAUGCUUCUCCAGGAGGGAGAUUAUAACCCUGGGGAGAGAUUUUUAUAUCUGGAUGUUUUAUGUAUCUACUACUAGCAGUGAACCUAUGUAGCUUUCCACAGUUGAUGCUUGUAGUAAGUUUUAUAGGCAGCGGGUUGUUGGACUUUUGCUGUAGCUUAAAUUAUUGGUGAAAACUUCCCUUUUCCAGCCUUGUUCAUCUUUCAAACUGAGCUAUUUUAAUCCUCUCCCCCCCCCCCUUUUUUUUUCCUCCCUAUGCUGCCACCUCACAAGUGGAAAAAUAUUUAUCGUUCUUAUUUUCUAUAACGUGAGGUUCUUGAUCAUUUGUGAGCUCCACAGUAUGGCCUUACAAAGGUGAGAAAAGGUUAUUUAUUCCCAACCUAGGAUGUCUUAAAAGCACUUUUUUUCUCCUAAAAUGCAGAGUAGGUCGCUGCUAAGAGGUCAAGGUCAAACAAUACUGCCACUGAAGCUACUAGGAAAUCCGGAAAAUUAUGACAGGAAGCUGAAGACUUAUAAUUUAGGCUAAUAUUUGACUUGCUCAGCUUUUGGCAUACUGAGAUCUUGURAUUAAGAUGUCAUUCUAGCAAGGAAGGUUAUUUAGAUGGCUGUUAUUUUGGAUUUUGGUGGAUAUUUAGAUCCAAGUAAUCCUAGAGCAAAUCUGCUUCACUAAAAAUCAUGGUAGUUUAAUUCCCACUCCACAAACUCUUUCCAAGCUCUGCAAAUCCAUUCAUUUCCUCUCCCUGCAUGCAGGGAAAAUGUCAUUCUGGUGCAAUCUGCCUGAUAGUAGUAGCAGGCAUCACCUUGUCUGAACUGGCAGCGUCAGAUCCCAGUGGGCCAGGCGGGGAAGUCCAUGGCUCUCUGCAGUUCCCAGCAUGGUCAGGAGAGAGACCAGCCUGCCUUGUAAUCAGCUAGCUCCUGAUCCCUGUGCAACUAUAACAUGUAUAAAACUGUGCAAGGCCACUUUUUUCCUCUUCCAAAUUGAGUUUUGCUUUACAGUUGCUGCCUAACCAUAAGUGCUGUUAGCUCUUGCUGUCCAUGCCCCGCAUGCUCUGUAAGGUCAAAGCAAAGGCAUCCUUGGUUCAUAAUUGCACAUCACCAUCCUUCCAGUCUGUCUCCUCUUCUGUGUGCCUUAAUUCAGCUAGAGUUGGCCAGUGAAUGUUGUUCUGUAGGCGCUGCCACGUGUGCGUUUGGAACCUGACUGUAAUGUUUCCCUCACUUGGGAGGGAUGAUGCAUACACGCAAUGUAUACAUGACCUUUAAAAGGACUUGAAUCUUCAACAUCUUCAGCAGCCUGGAAACCCAAUUUGGAGUAUUUUCUAUGGAGRGUAAACACAGCCAGUAUUUUGUUUGGAGUACUUUAAAUAGCAGAUCUGUCUGUUAGCUGUUCUGCUUUCUGACUUUGAUUUUUACACACUAGGUUUUCAAUUAGUAUAUGCUGCUGCUUCAGCUGAUAACGCGUUGCUUUGAAAACGGUGUUUCUUCAAAAGUCUGAGGUGGGCCUGAGCUGUGCAGAACAGCGAUCCACCAACUUGGGGAUGCCCAGGCGGAGAGACGGGAGAUUCCAGUGGUGGUUUCGGCUCAGGUUGCACCACGCUCAGAUGCAGCCGCGCAGCCGGCUUCCUCCUGAGAGCUGCAGCCGAGCGAAGCUGCGCGGGGCYGCGCUGGGCUGGGUCACCCCUCGUUUACAGGCAGGGCGGCCGAGCUGUGACACUGAGCUCUGGGCCACCCCACGCUUCCCUGCUAAGGUCCCUCCGGUGCUGCAGGAGCAGCAGCCCUUGCUGCACGUGGCAGAAGGGAGUUUGCGCCCUGCCCGUGUCYGCAGCAGGGAGCAGC